GCCCCUAAAAAGAGUACACCACCUGCCACCCAUCUCUCUCUCUCUCUCUCUUCCUCUCCCCUCCUCACAUUCUCCCUCCUUUGUCCGUAGAAGACCCGCCCACUCAGAUCCCCUUCAGUAACCUCCUACCCUUCUCCACCUUUCUUUCUGACUCCCCUCUCCUUUUCCUACCAAUACUUCUUCGUUCAUCUCUAUAUCUGCCUUUCUCCCAACCUUGUUCUCUCUCUCUCUGUCUCUGUCCAUUUAUCUUUCUCUCUUACUGCCCUUUGGUUUGUGUGGUGUCUGGGAGUUUGGAGAGAUGAAGAAAAUUGUAGUGAAACUGGAUUUGCAUGAUGACAAGGACAAACAGAAGGCACUCAAGGCUGUCUCCACCCUUCUUGGAAUUGAUUCCUUGGCAAUGGACAUGAAGGAGAAGAAACUGACAGUGGUCGGAGAUGUCGACCCCGUCGAUGUUGUGAGCAAACUAAGAAAAUUCUGGCCGACCAAGAUAUUCUCGGUCGGUCCAGCGAAGGAGCCUGAGAAGGAGAAGAAGGACGAUACAAAGAAGGAGGAACCCAAGAAGGAGGAGUCCAAGAAAGAGGGAGCCAAGAAGGAAGAGUCCAAGAAGGAAGAGGGCGAAAAGAAGAUAAACCCUCACGAGCAGAUGAUCAUCGAUCUUGUGAAUGCCUACAAAGCUUACAAUCCUCACCUGACCACACAUUACUAUGUCCAGAGUGCAGAAGAAAAUCCAAAUGCUUGUGUAAUCUCGUGAGUAAUUGCAUGGAAACAGAGAAGGUCAUAUAUUAGUGUUGAGAAGAAAAAGUUUAAGCCUUCCAACCAGCCUGAGUGAAGGCUGUAGGAUUAGAUAGGUGACUCUGUGCAGAUGGUGGGGGUUGCUUCGAGAUCUUCGGUUAAAAGGUAUGUUUAGUGGUGGAUGAAUAAGUUUUGUGAGUUGUUUUGAGCUUUUGAUUUCUAGGAAUUAUGUAGAAUAUCUCCAGUAAAUUUUUGACAUCCUAUCUUGUUUGUGACUAUAUAUUAUAUGUCUAUAAGAAACGGCUUUAGGAAAUUUUGAUUUCUAAUUCUAUGCGAUAUAUAUUCUC